AUGGCCCAAUUCUUCAUGGAGGCUCCUCAAAAUCCUCUCCUGAUCGGCCCGAGUGGUGGCCACAACAAGCGGAAUUGGCAGACUCCGCCUCCACAGCUGACCACCCUGCAAGAAGAAGUUCGAACUCUUCCUUCGCACCCAUCGUUUUACCAGGUCCGUAGUUCCCUCCGGGUACGCCAAGUGCGUCAGAAAAUGCACCAUCACCGCGUAUCUGCCCAACUGGACCAGGGGAAGACCCUCCGUGUUGACUCCUGCCGCCCGCACCUCAAUCAACCUCCUCUCCACGUCCAGCUCCUCCGCAUCUGUGAGCCUAUCUUCUCCCUCAUUCAGAGGGAUACGGCUCAAGUCGUCGGGCAUCGUAAAGGCUUUCCCCGGAACGUGGACCACUUGGAAGGAAAAGAGCUGAAG